UGCGUGGCGGUCAUCUGCAUGGUGUGGACUGCCAUGGCCUUCCCGCCAGUUUUCGAUGUAGGCACUUACAAGUUCAUUCGCGGGGAAGAGCAGUGCAUCUUCGAGCACCGCUACGUGAAGGCCAACGACACCCUGGGCUUCAUGCUGAUGCUGGCGGUCAUCAUCGCCGCCACACAUAUGGUCUACGUCAAGCUCAUCUUCUUCGUCUACGACCAUCGCAAGAUGAAGCCGGCGCAGUUGAUCCCGGCCAUCAGCCAAAACUGGACGUUUCACGGGCCGGGAGCGACGGGCCAAGCGGCCGCCAACUGGAUCGCGGGCUUCGGCAGAGGUCCCACGCCGCCCACCCUAGUGGGGAUCAGACAGACCACGCAUAACCAGAACAAGAGACUGCUCGUCUUGGAUGAGUUCAAAAUGGAAAAGAGAAUAGGCAGGAUGUUCUACAUCAUAACCGUGCUCUUCCUGCUGUUGUGGUCGCCAUAUAUAGUCGCAUGUUACCUGAGGGUCUUUGUCAAAGCCAGUACCAUCCCUCAGGUGUACCUGACCGCCGCAGUCUGGAUGACAUUUGCCCAGGCGGGAGUCAACCCGAUCUUGUGCUUUAUCUUCAACAAAGAGCUGAGGAUUUGCUUCAGAACCCACUUCCCUUGUUUUCAAAGCACACAGACGCCUAGGGAAGCUUACUGCGUUAUUUAAAAGGACAUCUCGAAGAGUAAAAAGCCACCGCCUUUGUUUUUCUUAAGUUAAACAAAAAAAACAAAUCCGCUGAGGGGGAACUCAUAAUAAUAAUAAUGUAUGUGCAGGCGUUUGGCGGAUUAAUCUUUGUCACAGAACAGUCAACUGCACUGGUUUCUGUUUACAUUGAAGAAGUACGAGACGCUGAGUCAAGUGUUUUGAAGACAAGCCAAUUUCUCUGGAAUACGAAUUCAUGGAGGCCACUUUAUAUUAGCAUCUCUCGCGUUGUCUACACGGUGGCUCCAGUUUGAUACAAAUUUUACUGAUUGCUUAAAAAAAAGUAUUGAUCAGGGAAUUCAAACACCAAUAAGCACUUUUCCCAAUCUCAGAGUGUUUUACAAUAAAUGAAUUUAAUAUUUGUGCGCUAGUUGUGCUGCCCAUUACACAGGGCAGAGAAUUAUUAAUAAUAUCCAGAAGAAAACAAGGCAACUGGAGUGUAAAAAUUGUACAAAUCAUUAUUUCAGUGACACUUUUCACCCUUCCCACUCCAAUUUAAGAACUUUGUAUGAUUGUAUUUUCUUUUUGAUAUUUUCUUAGCUUGUUUCUCUGCAUUGUAAUAUACUGAAGAAAAUGUUUUGACCGUUAAACAUUACUUUUUGCAAUUUCAUAUCUUAAUGUGCAUUUUACAAACUGUCUUUGAAAAACAAAUGUCAAUUUUACAUUUCUUUCUCUAGCAGAAUAUAAAUGUCUAGUAGUGUUAGCUGUAGUUAUUGUCAUACAAAGUUAACAAAUUAGUAAGUUAUGCUGUACUCAUCAUUUGAUUGAUUCAAGAUGGUAGCUCUUUUUCUCUUGUACAUUUCCACUGUUUUUACUUGAAAAUAAAUUUAUUAAGCAGAAGGGUAGUUUUUCUCUUCACAGUGAAAAAUCAAAUUAAUGGAUCUCGUUUAACCUAUUUUGGGUGUUUUGGUAAGAGUUACAAUCAAUUGCAGUAAAAGGUACUUAAGAGGAACAGAAGCUGAAGGACUAAGUCUCAUCAAGAUUGACAAUGAUGAGUAAAAAUGUGUAUGUUGUUGAAAGAAGGGAACCAUAUCCAAGAAACUAUUGAACAUCAUAUGAGAUGAAGAGAAAAAAAAAUCACUUUUAAAGUGACAUACGUUUCUUUUGCUAAAUAUUGGUUUAAAUGGAUGGCGGGAUAGGCUUGAGGCUAGAUGGCCUAAUCCUGUUCCUAUAUUUCUUUCAAAUAGCAGAGAAACUGGCAAUGUUGGUGAAAUGCAACUAAAACUACAUCAGCUGCCAAACUGUUAUGCAACAAAUGACAUCCAAAAAUUACCUACAAAUAGCAGGUAAAUGCGGCCAAAAUAUAGAUAAUUUUGUGAGCCUGUCACUGGCAUUGGAAUACAGAUACUUGACUGGACAAGCGUUUUGGAUCAGCAUUCUACUAAUUACCCCAUACAUGGGACAACAGCCUUGAUAUCAAUGUGUUUUAUUUAAUUGGGUUGUGCAACCUGCUAACCAACAGUGUAAUAUUCUGGAAUGAUACAACUCUGUCCCAUAAGUUAGUGCAAUUAAAUUCAUCAUUUUCUUUUUGUUAAUGUGAAAAUGAAAGGUAAUCUUUCAUACUGAAAACUAUAGUUCUUUAUUUGGCAUGUUGGAACCCUGUCACAAAGUUGAAAAAAAUAAAGGUUAUGAAAAUACAUUUUAAAAUAUACUGGAGACCUUUUAUUACCCAUCCAAUUUACUACUUAAGUUUUGAAUUGAAAAGUGGGUUGUGACAUUGUGAUGGUGAAACAAAUAAUGGUGGGAAAUAAAUCUAAAGGUGCCAAAAAAGAACAUAUAAUUGAGCAGACAAAUCACAAAAAUCAAACUGGUGCAUUGAAUCAUACAGUAUGGUUAAGUGAUCAAAUCUUCAGAUGUGUUUAAAUAUCAGGUUACAAUCAUUGGGGACAAUCUGAGCUGUUUCACUCUAAAUGCCUAUGACAUAACUUGGUUUUAUUGUGAUUAAAAAAUGUUUUUCAAAAAAAACCUACUCAGUGAAAUAAUAAAUAGUUUGAUGUUUCUGGAAUUCUAUCAUUUGAUUAUGUUCAGAUAUACAUGAAAUUAGUAAAUUCUAUAGUACAAUAUACAUUAGCCAGCUUAACUAUUAUUUGAGAUGCUGAAUAAACCCAGUAUAAUAAACAAUAAUAUACACAAUAUAAACCCAAAUAAAUAAAAGAGGUAUAAUUAAUUAUGCAGACUCUUUCCCCAUAAUAGGGAAAUCUGCUGAACCCAUGCAUAUACAGUACCCGUAUGAACCCUAUAAAUACCUCCCUCCCAUUUGGGAUCAGUUGUAUUUCACAUUUAUCCAUUGAUGGAAGGUACGAUAUUUUAAGCAGAAAUUGAUGAAUUCUUUCAGUGAGGGCCAAUACAAUCAUGUAGUGAGAUUUUAAUGAUUUCCUUGUUUACAUUAAAGAGCUUUCACAUUCCUCAAGAUUGUUUGAUAACUGAAUUGAGAAUGUACUAAAAACACUUAAAGAAAGGUUGAUUCGUGACUUGAAAAUUCAGCAAUCAGAAUUCUAAAAUUUCAGAAAAUUGGUUGUUCAAAUGUUAACAAAAAUAUAGAUGUGCCAUUUUGACGAUAGACAGCUCGUCCAAUUUUAGUGUGAUUUUUUACUUAGUAAUGAAAUGAUUUUCUCAAUGGGCAUGGCCAGACAUUUUAUAUGUCUUGUAAUUGAAGAUCACAUUAACACUCAUGGCAGAUGUAUUAAAAAAUUUGCAAACUAUGACUUAAGUAAAUUGUAGUUUUCAAUUAACUUGUUGGUGCAUUGAGAUAAAGAAAAAGCAUUAUCCAUUCACUAAAAUGACCAGAAUCUGAAUCCAAAUCCAGACGAGCUGUGUCUUCUUUGCUGACCGCAGUGGUUAUUUGAGAAAUGAUUGAGAUUCUGAUUAAGGGGGUGGUGCAUUCAUGAGUAUAAAUCUGUCAGCAUUAUUCAGUAUAAGUUGCUUAUAUCACACAGAAAGACCACAAGACUGACUGGUGUAGACAAUGGAAAAUAUGCAUGAUGAAUUUGAUGGUUGUUAAAUUUAUAAUCCUUACAAUGUAUACUUAAAAGAAAGAGAGUCAGGUGAAUUUAAUACUUUCAUUACAACUUCCUAUCAAAGUUAUCUGGGAACUCAUUGUUUGCAUUUAAGAAUUUAUUAAAUAUCUAAAUUAUGCCUUUCUCACAGUAAUCAGAUGGAACUAUAUCACUAGCUGUGAGUUAACCUCUUGUCAAAUUAUUAAAGAACACAACAUAAUUAUGAACUACCAUUUCUACCUUUGCACACAAUUAUGCAUAUUGGUAAAAUAUCUUAAAUACGGAACACCAGAGUGUGUAAGGCAUUAUUCAGAUAUCAUUAACUGAUAUUUACAGGUAUAUUUGUCUGGUAUUCUAAAGUAAUGUAACAUUAUCUGGAGGUUACUUCACUGCCAUUUGAUUUUAACCACACAUCCAAACUUAACCUUUAAGGUCUGUAGAGGGCAGGUUGCCAGCUUUGAAUAUCUUUUGAAGAUGAAAUGAAUUGAUUAUCCAUAUUAUUUUAGCUUAACGUGAAGCAGUUUUAACAACAGUUCUUGAAUAUUAUUCACCCUUGUCCUUUUGGGUUGGUUU